AGUAUGUUUAGUAAACUUACAACUUGAUUAUGGGACUUGUGGAUAUGUGGAGGUUUAAAAAUUUAGCAAUAUUUCUAUAAAUAAAGUUAAAUAGUUAGUCAUAAAGCUUCGACCAUGAGUGCUCCUACUGGUACUAAGUCUUCUUUGGAUAAUGAGAUGAUAUCUCGCUACUCAAGUGCUAGCUGGGAUGAUAUUCCGACAGAAAUAUUUAUCUACAUUUUUAAGAAACUGAACAUUACAUCACUUAGGUGUUGUUUUGCAGUUAACAAGAAAUGGAGGGAUAUAACAACAUGUAUUUGCGACAAACAAGAUUUGUGGCAGGCAUUGGCAGAAGAUGGAAUGGUGAAUCAUGGUGUGACACAACAAUUUAAGUCCACUCUUAGCUGGAAAGACUUAUACUUUAACUCAUUCUUAUGGACCAAAUUGCCAUCAGCUGAAGCUCUCAAACUUCAUGAAGUAGAACUGUCAGACAUCAGAAACUUGCGUGUCUAUAGGGACAAACUGCUAGUGGUGCACCCAUAUGGUGUUGAAUGCUAUGAUAUUAAAAGUUUUCAAGCCAUUAGAAGUAUUUUAACACUAAAUUGUGUUGAUGUACAAGAAUCAGAUAACAUUUUGAUGGUAGUCACUGAAAACAACUAUGACACCCACUACAGAGUGACUGUGUUUAUCAAGUUGGACAAAGACGAGGAAAUAAAUAUUGAAAUAUUUCACAUGCCUUUGAGAAUGCCCAGGGAUGGAUCUAUACAUGCAUUUGUUGAGUCUUUGCAUUGGCGAUUGAUCGGAAAUCGUGUGUAUGUAAUUGAUAAAAAAUGUGUCCUUUGGAAAUGCUCUGCUAUAAAUAGAGUCCUGUCUGUGAAAGCGUUAGCAAAAUAUUACGGCGAAAUCCCUAGAACACGAAGUUCGACCAUUCAUGUCAUCAAAGAAGAUGUGUACAUUUCGUUAAAGUGGGGUCAUUUAGUAAAGGUCACAAAAAACACUAGGAUGUUUCAAAAAGUUAACACAAUAGAAAUACCUACAAGGAAUAUCGAAAACUCCACAUUAAAUACAAAAGCACCGCGCAGAGAAGGCUUCAACACGUUCAACGCCUUUAUAAAAUUUCCUUUUGCCGUAGAAUUUAUCGACAGAAGUGUAGCACCACUCAACAUGAUACAUUACCACUAUAACGAUUCUAAGAUGACCUGCGCCCUGCAGCACGGGGACGUAGUAAUUCGAGGAUUCGUAGACGGAGAGGUAACAAUAAAUUUGUUAAGGGAUGACUGUAAAUAUAAUUUAAAUGUGCAUCAAUUCGGCCAGGAUGAAGUGAAGGAGCCUGCUGUUAUAGCGCUGGAUAUCUGCGAGCUCAAAGGCAUGCACAAGCUGUUUGUUGCCACUAAACAUAAACUAUACAAUGUACUCCUUAAGUGCCCCAACGACAGGCGGAAGACUUGAACGAAAUUAUACCAAAGAUAAUUUGAAAUAGAGGUGUAUUGUUAAAGAAAAUUACUUGGGUGCAAUAUACUUAAGUAGUAUGUAAAUUAACUAACAUAGUCUUUUUAAGUUUUACUAAUACUUAUAUGGACACUUAUAUGUCUGAAAUAAACAAUUUUUAUUUUAUUUUAAUUUUAUUUGUAACCUUUUGGGUGGUGCCCGGUAAGAUGGCGCCACUUUUUGAUACUUAACAAAUUUAACACAUAUCAGUGAAAGAAUAAUGAUCAAAGUCAAAUGGCAAAUGUGUUGAACGAUGGCAGUAAAUGUGCCUUUGGUUACAAAAUUUUCUUUGACAAUACACCUCUAUUUCAAAUUCUCUUUGAUAACACCUAUGUCAAUCUUCAUAACUUUGACUUGGUAAACGUGAAGUUUCCCGUUCUAUUAUUUGAUGUGUUAAAUCCAAUGAAACAUAGAUUAAACUUUUUCUUUAAGUCAAACGAAGCAAACUGUUAAAUAAUCUGUUGAAAAUUUAUUUAUAGGUAUAAUAUAAUCGCUAGCAGUAAGAUAAAAUAUUUUUUUAUGUAAAGCCUUUGUUACCUAUGAAGCCCAGUGAGAGAAAUGAGUAGGUAUAAUUGUACCUACUUUGUGCUAUUAACACUUUCAGUGCCAAUAAGCGUCCCAAUUAUUAGUUAUUUAGGACAAGUUAGGCUAGGUUAGGUUAGGUUAAAGUAAGU